GUCUCAACAACAACAACAAUAGUCGCUCUAACACACACACACACACACACACACACACACACUCAUGAUCUCAUCUCCACAGCAGCACAGGUAGUUGUCAGAAAAUGAAGACGUAUUUGUCUGAUCCGGACAUAGCUGUGUGACAGCCACCCCCCCACACACACACACACCUCGCCUGGAGAAAGCCUCACGCCUGGGGGCAACACACACACACACACACGUAUACACACACACACACACACACACACACAGACGGUGACUGAGGAGGAGUCAGAGGGCCAAAGGGAGGAGGGAGCAGGAGAGGAAAGGGAGUGUUUUUGUCUCUCUCUCUCAAAGCGAAGAGUCAGACACUCGAGUGAUCAGUCGCUCGCUCAGUCAACAGGUUCACAGGAUACUGAGGUCGAGUCAGAGGCUGAGAGACGGCGAGCGAGCGAGCGAGCGAGCAGACGCAGCGGCUGCUCAGAGACACUUCAGCAGCUGUGAAGGAGGACACCCAAACCUGCCUUAUGUGUGGCUCCUCUCAAGGCUUCACGGUGAGUUUAAUUCACCGUUUUAUAACGACUCUGAAGGUUUUUAAACUCUGUAUUUCUGAGUGACACGGUCGUCCUGCAGGUGAGAGGAGUCAAUCAGAGAGCGCUCUCUAAAUUCAGUGAGGUGAGGAGGAGGAGGAGGAGGAGGAGGUGCUGGAGGAGCCCCAGCUGUGCGUCUUUGACUCAUGUCUUGAUUUCCAGAGUAUAUUUACUGCUGUGUCACCAGGUUGAGGGUUUCACACUGAGACGCUGUCUCUGCCUCACAGUCAUUUCAGAGCCGCUGUGGUCGGACUUCAGAGAAAAGAGGAUGAAAUAACAUUUGUAAAUCUCACCUCUGCUCCUUUAAUCUGCAUGUUUGAACUCCGUCAAUGAGGAGAGGACUUUCUUCAGACUCAUCAGAAGUUCAGACCAGUUUGUGGGUGACUGUGUCAGAGUGACACAGGUGUUCACAGAAAUAUAUUAGCGCCUUAUCUGUCACUAUCAGAGCGGAGAACUGAUGAGAGGAAGUCUGAGCAUUGUCUUUCAAUCACAGGUCGUCUUUCUCUAUUUCACUGUUUCAUCACUUCAGUCCAGGACUUCAGACUUUGUCAGAGGAUCCACCUGAGUGAGGAGGAGGAGGAGGAGGAGGAGACUCUGGGAUAAUCUCAAAGACAGACAGAGAGGAGGUCCUGAAGUGGCUUGGGGCCAGGUCUCCGUCACUUCAGAGGAAGUCUGCUCGAUUCACUCAGAGCGCUGAUUUCCUCGUGAAAGUGGUCCUGCUUUAGGGAUGACGUGAACAGGAACCCCUCUUAUAGCCCGGGGGCCGUGAUUCAGAGAGUCACAGGAUGUGUGGGACAGGAGGGGGGGGGACGGGACGGCGAGCAGGAGAGGUCCACUUUGAAGUUUGUUUGUCCGGUAGAACCAGUCGAUGGGAAAGUAAGAAUUUCCUCUGAGUGUCUUUGUCCAAAACAUCCCGACUCUCUGCUGCCGCCGCCGCCGCUGUCGUCUCCUCUGUCAUCUUUAGAGAUCAGCUGUUUCUGUUCUUCAGAUUUUAGGAGGAAAAUAAAAAUAAUCAACAAUCAGACUUUACUCCCUCAGCCUGAAUCUACGUCUGUAACCCUUUAAUGACUGAAAACACAAAUUAUGGACAAAAAAUUCAGGUUUUUUGGAGCUGAAAUGUUUAUUUCAUUUACGACUGAAAACCAAAAAAAUCAAAAUGUCCUUAAAAUUUAACAAAUAUAUUUAUUUCUCUGGUUUGAUACAUGAGAUAAACUACAGGAGGACGUUUUGAUCGUUUAUCAGACUGUAUUCAGGUGUUUUUCAGUCAUUUAUUGAUCAUAUUGAUUUGAUAAAAGUGAAUAAAAGUGUGAAUCAAAUAUGAUAAAAAGGCAUUAAAGGGUUAAAUCGAGAUUUUAGGAGGAAAAUGGAAAAUAAUCAACGAUCAGACCUCACUCCCAACAUCUCUGUCUCCUCCACAGGCCUCCUCCUCCUCCUCCUCCUCCUCCUCCUCUCAGAGCUCCACCGCCAUGUUCACCUCAGGAAGGUCGCCUCAAAGCUCAGGGGUCAUCACAGCGGCGACGCCAGAGCCUCGAGACGGCGACAUGGCGUCGUGGAGAGAGGAGGACUUUGAGGAACAGUGCACUUACAUGGUGAAGGACCAGCCUCUUGAAGAGGAGCCGGACAACAAGAGCGGGACCCGAGCCCAGAGAUCCUUACCCAGAAACCUGGUCCUGAAACGCUCACAGGACUCCGAGGAGGUACGCGGUGAAGACCACCUGUUUUUUUUAUUUUAAAGUGGAUUAAAGAUGCAGCUGAUGUUUCUGUGCGUCACACAAACAUCCUCCGCUCCACUCAUCCAUCCUCAGACAGGAAGUACUUGACAUGUUGUUGUCUAAAUUUGGCCUUUCCUCCUCGCUACGGCGGAUGUGUUUAGGCAAAGCGAAGAGAAGCACACAGCCUGGGGUCUCUAUGAUCAGACAAGACCCCUCAGUCCGGGGUCUGUAAUGAGGCCCACCAUGAGGAGGGACAGGGGUUCAAAGAGGAGGAUCUCUGAGGUCUAACUGGUCGGUGAUGUGGUGACUUCUCGGUGAAAGAUUAACUCUGCGGUUUGUUUGUUUGUGGAGCGGAAACAAGAUUAGAGUUGAACUUGUGCAGAUGAGAGAUAGAGAUCAGAGGAAGCAGGUGAGAUACCUGAGCCACCACUUUAACCUUCUGAUGACCUCCGUCUGGAGGAAGAGCAGGAGGAGUUCAGGUCGUCUGCAGCCCCAGAGAGCUCAGACAGGGACAGUCAGAGGACAAACUUCAGGACUGAGGAUCAGGGGUUCAGGGUCUGUUUGAGAGAGAGAGGACGUUAGCAUGUCGGCAUAGCUUCAGGGGGUUUUAAAGACAGAUCUGAGCGGCCUGGGUGUGCCGGUGACACCUUAUCCUCUCCUCCACACCCUGAAGGCUCCACACUCUCAGGGCUGAGUUUCACACCUGCAGAGAGCAGAACAAGAGCGCUGGUGAAAUUUUAAUACGGCAGAGAAACUCAAGAUAACUUAGAUGAUCGGUUUAUGAAAUAUUCAGCAUGUGAAGAGCGGGACUCAUCCUGUCACAGCGCUCAAUAACCUGUCUGUGGUCGUUCGGGCCUCUGGAGACGUUUUCAGGGGACAGUUUUCCAGAGAGACGACUUUAGACUGUUUUUAUUCACCUUCUUCCUCCAUGUUCAGGGUCCGUGUUUGACCCGGGUCUAAAAUCAGCUGUAAAUUCAAAACAGUUCUCUAUCAUCCACUUUGGUUCUCAUCUCUAGGUUACCUUGUUCGGCCUCAUUAUCCAUGAAAAUAUUGAUUAUAAUAUUUUUUUGUUGUGGUCCUCAUACAGACAUCUGUACUGAACUGAUCUCACAUGUCUGGACAUGUCUGAUGUUGUUUUUUGUGCAGGAAAAUCAUGAAAAAACGAUGAUUGGAAAAGGAUCUGACUAUUGAUCUGACUGUCACUGUCCGAUCUAAGCGGGUCAACAGCGACUCGAACACGACAAGUGACAUAAUCUUAAUAAGAGCAUUUUAUAAUUUAGUCAAUUUAAUUAUUUUUUUAUUUCAUUGAAACAGAUUCCUGACAAAGUCAAAGAGUUGAUGCAAAAAAACUAAUUUAACCCUUUAAUGCCUUUUUCUAUCAUACUUGAUACUUUUAUAAACUUCCAUCAAAUCAAUAUGAUCAACAAAUUACCAAAAAAAAAAAACACCUGAAUACAGUCUGAUAAAUGAUAAAAAUAUACUCUUGUAGUUUAUCAGUUUCCAGAAACAUCUAAUGAAUCAAACCAGAUAAAUAAAUAUAUUUGUUAAAUUUUAAGGACAUUUUGAUUUUGUUUUUUAGUAGUAAAUGAAAUAAACAUUUCAGCUCAAAAAAAAUUGAAUUUUUUGGUCAUAAUUUGUGUUUUCAGGUAUUAAAGGGUUAAGUGGUUCUUUUAAGCAUUUACGAACACAGGAGGAGGUUAAACAUCAUUAGUGUUGUGUCGUUUGUGAACGAUUCGCUCAAAAGAACCGAAUCUUUUAAGUGAACGUACUGAACCGAAUCACUUCCUUGGGUGAUUUGUUCGUUUCUCACUUCAGUUGGGAGGGAAAGGUGCAUGUUCAGUGUGAAUCUCUCACUGACUCCAAUUAUUUUAGCAGACCUGGUAAAUAUCAGACCAUAGGACACUUAAAACAUCAUGACUAAUAAACAAGUUCAUUUUUACAAACCUGUUUGUCAAAGAAACACAGACAAACACUCUCGUCUCUUGGUCCCAGAAGCUGAAUCCUGAACGUUCAGCUGUGUUUCAGUUCAGGAGGUCAGAGUCGCAGGCUCUUCCCGCUAAAUGAUUUGUUGAUUUGAUGAACGAAUCUUUUAAACGAAUCUAUUUAGUGAUUCAGUCCAUCUUAAAGAACUGCCGUGCCCAUCACUGAACACCCUCAGGUCUCUAAUCUGAGAGUUUUUCGUGUCGUCUCUGUCCCACAGGUCCUCGGGGUGACCAGCAGGGAGCUGAUCCCUAAAGGGACACGCUUCGGCCCUCUGAUUGGAGAGAUCUACUCCAAUGAGACUCUGCUGAGAGACGCCAACAGGAAGUAUUUCUGGAGGGUAAGAGAGCCGUGGGUAUCGAAGUGGGUCUCUGGAUCCUGUUCUUGCGUGUGUGUGUGUGUGUGUGUGUUUGAAACGGUUCACAUCCUGUACCUUCAUUUAGGGGCGUCGCUGUGGCACGAGUUAGCAGCUGUGGUCAACGUCUGACAUCCUGUGAAAGUAUGACUUUUCAAAAUGCAACCAGAUCACAAAGUAGAUGGAUGCUUGCCAGUUCUCUGUGUGGCUUUCUGAGGUCACACAUACACACACACACACACACACACACACACACACACACACACACACACACACACACACACACACACACACACAUACACACACACACACACACACACACAGCUGUUUGGUUUCAGUGACGCAGCGUUUCUCCUCUCUCUCGCCGUGGUAUCGCUGCCAGUAAAUAAAGCAUACGUACACAUGUCCGCACUUCUCCAGACUCACAAACUCUCACGCUGACUAAGCGAGCGAGGAAGUGGCUUUGAGCCUGAGAGCGGCUCGGGUACGAAGAAGAAACAUCGUCACCAUCAGGACAUCUUCUUCCAUGACACUCAGACGUCUGUGAGAUUCUUCAGUUUGGAGAAAAUCCUGCAACCAUAAAAACACAGACGGCCUGUUAGAUUUACAGCCGAGACUCGAACCGCAGAGAGAGAAGGAGCUGACAGUCAGAAAAAGCUGAGUCAGCUAAAAAUUUUAUUUUUUUUUUUUACUUAAUUUUUAUUACAUUUUUAAGCACAACAAAAAAGUGUAAACGAUAACGAUAUAUAUCAAAAAAUUAAUUUACCUUAAUAUCGAUAAAAAACAUGAUCAAUAUCCUUUUCAAUAGUCGUCAUUCUGACAUGUUUUGGUCGACUAUAUGAACAGCCAAUGAAAAGGGGAGUUUCUCCGGGUCUGAACCAAUCAUGUUCUGAAUUAGAAGGUGAGAAACAAAGAAAAUGAGUGCUACCCCCGACAGAAAUGACCAUGAAGGCUCAACAGAUGACCACAUCAAUGUCAACCACAACACUGGCGUUAGGAAAACGUCGGUGGUGUGGAGGUAUUUUGGUUUUUGGAGGUCGGACAUGAAGCAGAGUAAUGUGGACUGUAAAUUAUGUCGAGUACAUGUUCUCACAAAGUCGGGGAAUACCUCAAAUCUUUUUCACCACCUGAAGCAGCGCCACGCCGCAGAGCACGCGCAACGCCAAAGGUUACAAACCCCGAGAGGAGCGAGGAGCCGAAACAGACGACCAUUCAGUCGGUUCUGAUGGUUCUAGACUCAAUAAGAUGUUGAAGAUGUUUUAUUUUUCUGACCUCCUGUCCAAACCUUCAGACAUUACUCCCUGUAUCGAGGGAUCUUCAUUUUAAAAACCUCCGUCUAAAACACUCUUGAUUUAGGGCGGAGCCUAAAUAUGUGGGUGUGGUUAUCUAUUUGGGCUCUGCAGUUUCUCCAACAUGAACUGGGAUAUUGUGGACCCAUCUUUGACUCUAUCUCUGCUGUUCUGAAAUAUCGAGUUAUUAUUUUCCAUCUGAAUUCCCUCCAUGUAUUCCAGUUUAUAACCUGAUGUGCUUCAGUAAAUACUCUGUACCGAUCCUCCUCAGAAACGUGGAUGUUGGCCUCCACCUCCCUUCUCUCCUUUGUUUUUAAAGAGUUAUUUGGAUCCAUAGAUAAUAAGAGUUUGUUGUUUAUAUUUUGUAAAUUAUUGUUUUUUCUCCCUCUCUAUUUUAUUUUCCCAUCAGGUACUUUUCUCCAGGUGUAGGUUUUGUGAGUUGAUCCCGUUUCUUGAGAGUCGUCAGAGAGGUUCUCAGUGUUAAAGAGGGUUUUAAAGGUCAGCAGAUGCAGAGAUGAUUCUUCUGCAGAGAGGCUCAGUGGGCGUGAUGGUUUAUAACCAGUACUACAGUCCAGUCAUACAGAGAGAGACGCGCUCUGGCAGCUGUGGCUGACUCUUGUUAUGUCAGCUGAAAGAACAUACACGAGUUCCCAUCAUCAAGAGUGAGAUCACGGUUUCAGAUCCAGAUCACAGAUCUAAUUCAGGCGCCUCACCGCUCUCUUCUCUAGGUCUUCUCUGGAGGGUUUUUUCACCACAUCCUGGACGGUCUGAACGAGGAGCGCAGCAACUGGAUGCGGUUUGUGAACCCGGCCCGAACCGUGGAGGAGCAGAACCUGGUGGCCUGUCAGAACGGUCUGGAGAUCUACUUCUACACCGUUAAAGCUCUUCAGCCGGGUCAGGAGCUCCUGGUGUGGUACUGCCAUGAGUUCGCCCAGCGCUGUAACUACCCCCCGCUGGGACAACUGGCCAUGGACGGUCCAGGUGAGUCUCUGUCCUGAACCUGCACGCCUGAAAAUGUCCGAAAUUUAUCCAAGUUUUCUGGAGUUCUUAGUUCACACAUGAAGUUAAAGAUGGAGGAUCAGUUUCAUACAGAGACCUUCGCCAUGAUGACGACUUUUGCAUUUGUAUUAGCGAGAGCAGAUGAUGUUCUCCGUCAAACUCUGGUGAUGACAGGAAAAAGUCCCGUCAAAAUCAGGAGGAACAUGUCGGCUGUUUGUGUUCACACAUGCAGCUCAGAAAUUCAGGAAGUUUUUAGUUUGAUUUUUGUGGGAGUUCAGGAGACAUUAGGUCUGAAUUAUUGUGAGAUUAUUGUUGGAGAGCUGGAUUUGGAUUCAUGUCACAAGCAUGACUAACCUGGGAUUUCCACCGCAUUUAAAACGGUGCCGAUUUUCGCCGUCCGCCAAUUCCUACCGGAUCCAUUUGUGAGGCGAAUUUCAUGGUGGAUUACAGACAGCAGGAAUCGCAAGAACUCACAAGAACCUGCAGAUUCACGUUCAAUCACGCGAUAACAAGUUGUCUCUCUAAAGACAGACACAUAGACAUAUAAGCAGUAGAUUGUGUCCUUCCAGAGGAGGAAAUCUACUUCUAGACUUCUAGAAUCAGCAUCUCCUCAUCCAUGGUGUCAUCGGGGUGAAAUGACGUCUAAAAACCUUUCACUUGUUCGUCUCCGCCCGUUUGCAUGGUGUGAAAUACGAUCCUCCUGAAACACGGAGUGUUUUAUUUUGAAAAGAAGCCGGAUGUUUUAUUUUGUGUCUGUGCCCGACUUCCUUUCCAGCACGGGUUAAUCUGUGCUGAAUUUAUCUGGAGUCCGGCGAUCCUCAGAGGAACGGAAAGAAGUCGGUGUAAAUUGACACGUUAACUUGAAUGGUUACGAUCAGCUACGAUCGGAGGAUACGACCUUUUAGUAGAUACGGAUACAAAUACAGUUCCUUUCAAAAUAAAAGCAUGAUCGGUCCUUUCUGUCACUUGUUUCUGUGCAACGCUGCAGCUAAGAUAUACUGUUUACUGUUGGAUUGUGGGAAAUAUUUCUCUGAGCUGGCGUCCUUUGAAACAUGGUCCCUCUCUGAUUAGACCGGCCCUGACUCCCCUAUAGUCCCCCAUCAGCUCCACCUGUCAGAGCGAGGCGGACAGGUGAUCCGGUAAACUGUCUGGUAGAAAAGCAGCUGAAGGCUCCUAAUCAAAGCCCAGACCGUCUGACAGUCCCUUUGUCCCGGUCUUUAAGAAGUCUCUCGGUCACACCCACAGUCCUUUUGUUUGAAGAGGACACAAUGGAGAGCGGUUGAGUCCUGAAAUCAGACCGGGUCUGACUCCGGGUAGAACCAUAGUACCUGAGGAAGACGAGCCCGUUCCCAGGACUGCGGGCCACGUUUCCCUUUUCUCUAACACAGCCAGCAGCUCUCUGACACACAAAGCAUUCGGCUUUCAUUCACAAACACAAAGAGGCCGAGCCCUCACACACGCACCACAACGCUCAUUCAUGCACACGCUCCUGCACGCGCUCACUCGCGAGAGGCGGCCCGGGGUGCUGACAGUAUUCUGGCACCGGUCCUCUUAUUUAUUCGGCUCUUAAGGAGGAAGAGAGGUGGGAAGCGCUCCAGUGACUACUUCAACUUCCUGAGGAGGCGACCCGCUGACAGACGGAGAUCUCACUGAGAGUCCGUGUUUGUUUGUGAGAGCUGAGGGGGGAGAUAAGGGUGGGUGUGAGUGAGUGAGUGUGGGUGAGGUGAACAUGCACACCCCUGUAGUUUGACUUCCUGUGAAGCUGACCCCCCCAUGAUGAGAGUUGAAGGAUGCUCCACAGUAAAGUCCAGAUUCAGGUCUACGUUUCGAGUCUGUGACCUGAGCACAAAGACGUGAAUGUGAAGGUCGAUGUGCGGCUCCUGGGAUGAUUCACGACCGUGUGGUUGUGAUCUGUGGUGAAUCACUUCCUGUCAGAUAAAAACACACAUAUGUACGUUUAUUUUUGACACGUUUGCAUCCUGCCUGCUUACGACGUAAAACAACUUCCCCUUAAAGGUGGAGAAGGCAGGAAAACGUUAAAGAAGCUUUUUAUCUUGUGGUUUUAAUACAAAAACUCUUCUAAUAUCAGUCAAUAGUUAUUAGUUAUUGAUUAUUUGGUAAUAUAUCGAUAUCUCUGUGUUCUCUUAUGUCUGUGUCGUCAACAUUUGAACAUUUUUGAGCGGUCCGCUCUUUCUGACUGUAAACAAAGCCGUUCUCCACCUCCUCUAACCUGAUUGGUUGUGAGGCAGACGCUGCUCCCCCGUGUCGUUCAGGAGCCCAAACAAAGUUAGCGUGCUACAAUAUCGGACAGUAGAAACCAACCAGAAAGUUCGGAAAAUUGUCUGAAUCCUCCUUUGGCCACGACUGCCGACACAAGCAAGAAAACAGUCAAACAUAAACAGUCAGCAAGAAAACAGUCAACAAGAAAACAAUCAACAGGAAAACGGUCAACACCAAAACAGUCAAAAAAAACAGUCAACAAGAAAACAGUCAACAAGAAAACAGUCAGCAAGAAAACAGUCAGCAAGAAAACAGUCAAAAAGAAAAAAGUCAACACCAAAACAGUCAACAAGAAAACAGUCAAAAAGAAAAAAGUCAACACCAAAACGGUCAGCAAGAAAACAGUCAGCAAGAAAACAGUCAACAAGAAAACAGUCAGCAAGAAAAGAGUCAACAAGAAAACAGUCAGCAAGAAAACAGUCAACAAGAAAACAGUCAACAAGAAAACAGUCAGCAAGAAAACGUCAACUAUAAUCAGUCAACAAGAAAACAGUCAGCAAGAAAACAGUCAACCAUAAUCAGUCAACAAGAAAACAGUCAGCAAGAAAACAGUCAACAAGAAAACAGUCAACAAGAAAACAGUCAACAAGAAAACAGUGCUCCCCCGUGUCGUUCAGGAGCCCAAACAAAGUUAGCAAGAAAACAGUCAACAAGAAAACAGUCAACAAGAAAACAGUCAGCAAGAAAACAGUCAACAAGAAAACAGUCAGCAAGAAAACAGUCAGCAAGAAAACAGUCAACCAUAAUCAGUCAACAAGAAAACAGUGCCGACACAAGCAAGAAAACAAAGUAAAUACCGGAGACUCUGGAGGAAUAACGGGCGCUUAAAACGGAGGUAGACCGGACAAGAGCUAAAAAGCCGGGUCAACAUAAACGAUGGGGGACGCUUGGGGAUCUUGGUGACCCUGUAACCUUUCUGCUGGACAGGUAAACCGCUUUAACAAAGUAAGACAAGUGUCUGUAACAGAAGUGUUUCUUGUCAAACGGACCUGCUGUAGCGUGUUGUAGCGCCAUCGCUAAACUGUCCUCCCUCGGGUCCUGGACUAUGUCACUUUAUCCUCGUUGUAGAAGUCCUGCAAACAUUGUGUUUGCUGGUAGUCUGUUGGCAUCUACAGUAGCACCGAUGUCUCCUCAUGUGUCUGAGUCUCUGGGACCGUCCCUUCUGCUCUCAGUUUAAACACGGUUCCUCUUCUGGUUCUGAUGAGUUUCUUUCCUCCACAGAUCAGAGUCCAGCUGAGAAGACCGCGGGGAAACGAGGACACAGCGUCUCUGAAAUCCUCCGAGAUGAACUCAGCAAACCUCCGACGACUACCGCCACACGUGUGGACCUCCCUCCAGUUUUCCCUCUGUGUCCCCGUGUCGUCUACCCGAUCCAGACCCGCUCAGAGCCCAGAUAUGUCUCUCUACCGUCCCUGCAGUCCUGCAGUCCUCCAGCCGCCAAAAGACCGUCUCUCAGCAGUCCUGUCCCCUCCAGUUUGCACUUCAACUUCCAGCACAGUCAGGGAGCGGUUCAUCCCAAACCUUACCAAGAACCCUCUGGUCCUGACCGGGUCCAUCCCGCCCUGAGGCGUCCUCCCUACCUGUCGCCUCACUACUCCCUCGGCCUUCUACCUCACUCGUACCCUCUCUACGGCGAGGGACUCAAACCCAACUUGGCGGCGUUCUCGUCUCCUCUGCUGCCGUUCAGUCAUUACGCCACUUUCCUCCAUCCUCUGACCAGCAGAUACAAAGACCUGACACUUGUACUCUCCAACACCAAACAAGACCCCGUUUUUUCACCGACCAGGGACCACAAAGACCACAGAGACCACAAAGACCACAAAGACCUCAUACUGGAACGAACAAACUACCUCAGGGUCCCCUCAGAUGACCUCGGAGCGUUCAAGCCCACAGACCCUGAUGUACCUGCAACAUCCGGAGCGUCAUCCAUGAUCGCCUUACAGAGUCACAGAGCGCUGCCCUCUCUGUCGCCUGGAGGAUGUUCACCACCGGUGGGCAGACCCGCCUUUUCGGACCCCCGUCCUUCCAAACCCACCCCCGCCACUCGGAGCAACACAGAUCAUGCAGUGGACCUCAGGAAGACCAAACAAGGGGGACAGAUGAUCGGCUACAAGACCCUGUCCUACCCCCUCGCCAGGCAGAACGGGAAGAUCCGCUAUGAGUGCAACGUCUGUGGGAAGGUCUUUGGGCAGCUGUCCAACCUCAAGGUUAGUUCCUUCACCGCGGCGCUCUUACUCAACACUGACAGCCGCCUGAGAAUCACAGAAAUCUGAGUUUCCCACACAGAGAGCAGCAGAAACGUUUCAACUCUUCAGUUUUUAUCUUUUUAUAAAAUCAGGAAUUUAGAGGAUUCUGCAGAGACUGAGACACGGUCUGAGGGGGAUCAGAGACAGAGGUUCGACUGUGUAUGAGUGCAGAGAUGGAUGUUGUCGACCGCUUACUUCUCUAGUUAUAGUUUCUACUGGCUCUGGUGCCGUACGCCAGGUACUCCCCGUCCUCAGAGAACGCAUAACCUUAAAAAUCAGAAAGGUGACAGAUGACGCGGUUUAAGGCUGUGAGCGGACAGGAAGUGAUCACAGCUGGUCUGAAGAUUUAAUGAAGAUUUAAGAGCCAUCAACAACUUCACUAAAGAGCAACUUUUCAAUCAAUAUUUAUGAGUAAAAUAUAUGUUUUAUAUUUAAAAAAAAGGUUUAAAAAUGAUUUAUAUUUUAAUAUUUAUGAACACUUUUCUGCAUGUCUAUUUUUGGGGCUGGAUGGAGCUAAAAUACGGAAAUCGGCCCGACAGAAAGAAUCUAAAUGCAACAAAAUCUGUUUUACUUCUCAUCAUUGACAUGGCCAAUAUCUAUUUAUUAGAAAAUAAAUCAUCUAGGUCAUUUAUAUGGGAAAUAUUGGGAUUUUGUGUUUUUUACCGUUAAAAGUAACAAUGACAUGGUGCAAAAUAACUGUCAUAAAAAGGCUAAAACAUUAUUAUUAUUGUUUUUUAAUGGUCAGGGCUGAAGUUGUUUAAGAGAUAUGAGUCGAAAAAAGUAAGAAAAAAAAUUUUAAAAUUAUUUUUUUAUGAACACUUUUCUGCAUGUCCGUUUUGGGGGCAAAGGAGGCUGGAUGGAGCUUCAAAUUAACAGGAACUGAUGGUUAAGAAAACCAAAUAACCCUGAAUUAAUUUUAGCCGGAAUAUCCCUUUAAAUAAAAACCCUCUGAACACCUGAAAUCAUUAAAAAACAAACUCGGCUGAUAAAAGGUUGAAUGGAUUGUUGACAUGAAUACAGAAAGCUGACGUGUUUCUCACAGAAUAUCUCUCUCUGUCUCUCAGGUUCACCUGCGUGUUCACAGCGGGGAGCGCCCCUUCAGGUGUCAGACCUGCAACAAGAACUUCACCCAGCUGGCCCACCUGCAGAAACACUACCUGGUUCACACAGGAGAGAAACCACAUGAAUGCAAGGUGAAGCAGCGAGUCAGACAAACGUUUCGGUAUCGUUUCUGGACAUUUUCACAACUUUCAUGCAAACUUGCAGCUCGACAAAAGACAGGAAAAACAGCGAACAGCUGAAAACCACAUGACACACCUCAGAGCGAACGGACAUGACAAAUCUUUCUCUUUCUCUUUCUCUAAAUAUAAGAACCAAAGUGUGAAAAACCACGAUUCAACAAGUUCCUCAAAGGUUAUUUCUUGACCUUCUCAGUGACGGUCUGAUGGUGUAGAAGAUCUAAAGUCCUCCUGUCCCUCAAAGCUGAAGGUCCAGGUUCCUAAACGUUGUUUCUGUUUCGUUGCAGGUCUGCCAUAAACGAUUCAGCAGCACUAGUAACCUGAAGACCCACCAGAGGCUCCACUCUGGAGAACGGCCCUAUCAGUGCAAACUCUGCUCGGCCCGCUUCACGCAGUUCGUCCACCUCAAGCUCCACAAACGCCUCCACAGCGGCGAGCGACCUCACCGCUGUCCUCGCUGCCCCUGCGCCUACCUCCACCACUGCAGCCUCCAGGUGCAUCUCCAGGGCUUCUGCCCGCUCUCCCCCUCGGCCUCCCGGAGACACACGCUGGAGGAGCUGCACAGAGUCAACUCUGAGAUCGAGAGGUUUGAUAUCAGCGAGACAGCGGAGCAGCUGGAGGCCAUGGCUGCAGAAGCAGAGGAGGACAAAGGAGACAUGCUUGGAUUAAUAAAGACGAUGGAGACAUCAGGACAUAAAAAGGAGCUCAGAGAGGAGGAAGAGCUGAACCUCUACAAGCCCUCAAAGAGCAGAGAAGUGCUGCAACACGGCAGGCCGCCUCUACCUCUGCAUGCAGCUAACAUCAAGCAGGAGAGCGGCUGCAUAUCAGAGCCCUGA